GAUACUGCAACGGUAUUAUGACCUCAUACAGUAUCGUAAAGAUCGUCAAAAUCAUCAUUACUCGGAUCUGUCGCGUAAAUUAAUUAAGAACUAUAAAUUAUUCUGCGAGUCGCCAUGUGCUCGCGAUUAUACGCUAUAUUACUUUCGAUAUUAAUUUUGUCUGAAACACAUGCGAUUGAACCGUUCAAUGAGGACACUUUACCGCCAAGAAUCUCGAAAAAACUGGAUGAUUAUUGGCAAACCUACAAGAUGCAGUUUAAUAAAACGUACACGGGAAAUCUGGAAAACACGAGGCGAACGGCAUGGGAACAAAACCUCGUGGAGAUUUAUAAACACAACCUAAUGGCCGCCGCGGGACAUCAUAGUUACACUCUACGGGAUAAUCAUAUUGCCGAUCUCAGCACUCGACAAUACAUUCGCAAUAUGGUGAAACUGAUACCGAGUCAAAGGCGUCGAUUGCCAACCGAACCAAUGGUAUCGGCGAUUCACAAUCCUCACAUACCAAAGCAUUUAGAUUGGCGCGAAUACGGCUUCAUCACUUUGCCAGUGAACCAACAGAAUUGUGGGAGUUGCUACGCUUACUCGAUCGUGGAAAGUAUACAGGGACAGAUUUUUAAGCAAACCGGCAUGCUGCUCCCCUUGAGUGCACAACAGUUGGUAGAUUGCAGCACGGUAACCGGGAACCGUGGCUGCAUCGGCGGUUCCCUUAGGAACACUUUGAAAUAUCUAGAAAAGUCGAAGGGUCUCAUGGCCGGAUACCUGUAUCCGUACAACGCUGAGCAAGGAGUAUGCAGAUUUCAAAGGGAUCUGAGCGUCGUCAAUAUAACGUCAUGGGCAAUCUUGCCUGCACGGGAUGAAAAAGCUUUGGAAGCAGCAGUAGCGACCAUCGGUCCCAUAGCCGUGUCUAUAAACGCCAGCCCGAAGACAUUUCAGCUCUAUCAUAAAGGCGUCUACGACGACCAUCGAUGUGAUUCGGAUUCAGUAAAUCACGCAAUGUUAAUCGUCGGAUAUACGCCAACUGAGUGGAUUCUGAAGAAUUGGUGGGGCGACAAUUGGGGAGAAGAUGGCUACAUGCGAGUGGCAAGAAACAAAAACCUUUGCGGCAUAGCAAACUAUGCGGCUUAUGUCAAAGUUUAAGAUUCAUUCCUUUUUAGUCGCGAACAGGUUUUCUCUUUUUUAUUUGCGUUUCUUAGGAAAAUAUACACAUACAUAUUUACGUAAUAAUUAUAUUUUUAUAUCUGAACAAAGAAUAUUUUAUUUUGAGUUUACAGCGAUCUCUUUUAUUUCCGAUAAUAUUAAAUAAAUUGAUUUGUUUUCUAGAUACUUUUUGUCAACUCUUACAGAUAAAAAAUUAAUGAAAAAGAUCUAGAAAUAUGCACAAGUGAUAGGUUCAAUAAUUCUACUCACUGAUAGAAUUCUACCGAUGUUUCACCGUGGAGUGGGGUCAAAGAUCGCGUGUAUUCGAACGAUUAAACUUCGGGUAAUUACUAAGGAUCGCCGAACAUUUAUUACAUAACAGCCAUUGACCGCAGGACGGACGCUCGAAUGCCAGAUACCAGACUUCCGUAACCACAUAGGAUCCCGGGGAAAUUUAAUCGAACCGUACAACCGCGGCACGAUAGGAACGUGGAGACUUUGCUCGAUCGAAAAUUCUGUCCGAAGACGAAGUACACGGCUAACCGGGACAUAUCACCAUGGCAUUUCUGCAAAAGAGAGAGAGAG